AUGCAUUUUCGUGACCUUGUGAUUGUCGCUGUUGCCAUUAUUUGCUGUAUAAUUGUAUGGUCCCAAGAGGGUGCGCUGAACUUUCGAUGUGGCUUCAAAAUACCACUAACGGAAGAUACAAUGAGCUCUAAUAGCAUACUGAAGCCCCUUCUUAUUGAAUUUAGAGAAAGAGGCAAGCGCUUUUUGUUGACCUCGAGCUCUGAAAUGCAUCUGGGCUUGUUUGAAACCACACACACUCGGUUUGCCGAGCGGCACUUCAUUUUACCUCUCCGACCGAUCCUGACAAUUCCUUUUGACUCUUCAAUUAUCGCCUUCGCUAGCGGGUUUUUAAACGAAAAUGCCCCACUUCCCAUUGUUUGUGUGUUAACGAGGAAUUAUGAAUUAACUGCUAUUGAAUUAAACGACAAGGAUUAUAGAAUUUUAUGGAAAACCACAGUAUUGCCCGCCGAUCGUUGGGAUUUUGGCUACCACGUCGCGAUUUCUGUAGUCCCGGAGCGGGUUUACGACGGGGACGUUGGUAUGGUGACUAUUGCAAUUAAAGUAAUUGAUCCCAACAAAGCCGCUUUUACCCGCUUUUCCGCGUUUAAUGGGAGGAAUGGGGAGGUUCGAUGGGGUUUUUUUUCUGAUGAGGGGGCCGAAACGGAUGAUGUGCUUCAUGAGGCUAACGACACGUUGCCUUUAACGAGCGCUGAAAAGGGGGAUAUUUUAAAUAUCGAUCUUCCCAACAAGAAGGACACCUCUUCCAUUGAGCAUCGCGCUUACCAUUCUUCACAACGACAAGGCUUUUCCUAUGAAAAGCCAUGGACGACCUUUCGCGAAGCCGUUAUUGUCGCCCUUCCCCACCACUAUGCCCAUCCAUGGGACGUUGAGUUAACCCCCCACACUAUUUAUUCCGCCAAACAUACCCAACCCACGAGGGCGUCUAAGCGCGUUAAACGACAGACCUUUACUUAUCAGAAUCACAUUAUUCGUCUAAAUGAGGAGGAUUAUGGCAUACUGGGGGCGAAGAUCGCACAAUGGAAGGAAAAACAUUUGCAAGCUAGGGAUUUACCUCAUAGGGUGACCGCCAAGGGGGAAGCUCAGCCUCGCUCUCGUGUAAAACCCGAGAAUGCGUUGGUCUACCACGGUAAAAAUGGGAUGGUAGUGCUUCAUAUGUAUACCGGUAAUGUCAUCACAACGGUUUCCCCCCUCAAGGCGUAUAAUGUUUACUAUCAUGAUAUCGAUGAUGACUUUCAUAUUGAAUCGAUCACCACCCAAAUCGGGCCACGCGUUUCGACAUACGCCCACCACGGUGUGGAUAUCCUCGAUGACUGCUUAGGGAUUGUUUACACCAACCUCCCGUCUGCCGAGGAUGAGAUGUUUAACACCACGAUUUGCGAUACGCAAGGGUUUUUCGGGAAUUUGGACCUGAUUCAUCGUUUUGUGGACGGGGAUACUCAGGGGGAAGGGGUGCCGCGCGUUCUCAACACGCUCGAACUGUUGGGAAGUCGAAAUAUCGUCUCCAAGAGCACAUUUAGCGUGAUGCCUUUGGUGGUUCAGGUGCAUCGGUCGAGGUUUCUCGGCCUCCUUCAGGUCGAGCGCUACGCGGUUUUUAUGAUUAACAGCGGCCUCAUCACGUGCGUCGAUCCAUCACGCCGGCGGGUGCUUUGGCGGGUUCAGACGCCUUCUUCCUUUUCGGGUCCCCCCCAUGAAUAUUCCGGCAAGCGGCCUUUAUCCAACUCGGACGAUGCUCUACCUCCCCGAUUGUUUCCUCAUUUGGCGGCUUACACUUUGUAUGAAAAGCAUACAAAUGAGAAGAUAAAGGAGGGAGGUGGGGGUGGCCAACCAUAUCGUCGGGCCGAUUCGCAUGUUCUUGCCGUCGGUAAGGAUACCUUGACGGCGAUUAAUAGUAAAACGGGCGUCAUUACGUGUAGAAUUGCCUUAGAGGAGCCGCCAAUUGCUCCUGUAUUAGUUCUCGAUUUUAACGGGGAUACGAUUAAUGAUUUGAUUAUUGUAUCCAAAGGACAUAUUUAUGGGUUUAUAGGGAGCACCCAGGCUUCUUCGGAAACCUUACCAGUCUUAAUGAUGCUCAUGAUUUGUCUGCUGGCGGUCUUGUUUUUUUCGAGAAGGGUAUUUGAGUUUAGUGAGGAGACUGAAUACCGCUUACCAACAUCAACUCAUGAAAAGGCUGAAAGCACAAAGGAGCUUAAAUAUGCAAAGGAUUGA